AUGGAUAGCCAUGGAACAAGUUACGGAGAAUGUGAAGAGAGAGAUAGCAAAGUCGAUUGCUGCAGGUUAAGCUCUCACAUGGGAGGUGAUAGGCUCUCGGAUUACGAGGACUACUUGAAGCUCAAAUCAAGAGUAGAGAUCUUACAACAUUCACAACGGCAUUUGCUAGGUGAAGAGAUAGCCGGGAUGGGAGUGGAUGAGCUUGAGCAGCUACAACAUCAAGUAGAUACAUCACUAAGACAGAUAAGAUCCACAAAGUUGGAAGAACGUGAUGGAGCCCAUAAUCAAUCAAUAUUGGGAGCUUCUUCUUCUGUAGAACGUUCCCAACAAUCCAACAUCAUCAACAAUAGCAACAACAGGGCAAGAGUUCUUAUCAAGUAA